AUGCAACCCAUUCGUUAUGAUUUCCCGACAAGAGUUCGUGGUUUUGCAUCCACGUCUGGCACCAGUGACUUCUUGAAACAGCACAAUGUUGCCGUCAACGACCUCUCUGCACGUGUUGCGGAGUUUCAUGCGAACAAACAAAAGUUUCGCAUCUCUCAUGGUUCAACCAACAGCACUCGUCAGACAUCAAAAGGUCCUCAUGUACUCGACGUAAGUGCCUUGAACAAGGUGCUAAAGGUCGAUGUCGACAAAAAGAUUGCUUACGUCGAACCCAAUGUACCCAUGGACAGACUUGUUGAAGCCACAUUGCCGUACGGCCUAGUCCCUCCGGUAGUCAUGGAGUUCCCUGGUAUUACAGCCGGAGGCGGUUAUGCUGGUACUGCAGGCGAAAGCUCAAGUUUCAAACAUGGAUUCUUCAAUCACACCAUUGAGUCGGUCGAGAUGAUUCUGGCAACGGGCGAAGUUGUCAAGUGCUCUCCGACCGAGAGAUCUGAUCUGUUCUAUGGAGCUGCUGGUGCGGUGGGCAGCUUUGGUGUUACUACUCUGAUUGAGCUCCGUCUUGAACCCGCAAAGAAAUUUGUAGAGACGACAUACCAUCCUGUUAGCAACAUGCAGGACGCGAUUGAGACUCUUGAAAAAGCCACAGCAGAUCACAGUCUUGACUAUGUUGAUGGUAUCAUGUUUUCCAAGACUCAAGGAGCUAUCGUGACUGGACGCAUGACUGACACACCUUCCUCAAAUCUUCCUGUACAGACCUUUAGCUCUGCAUGGGACCCAUGGUUUUAUCAGCAUGUCCAAGGUCAAAUCUCCAAGUCCGAAACAGAACCCGUUGUGGAAGCGGUACCACUUCCCGAAUAUCUUUUCCGCUACGACCGUGGCGGCUUCUGGGUCGGCGACAUGGCAUUCAAAUACUUCAACUUCCCUUACAACAAGUUUACUCGUUGGUUCUUAGACGAUUUUACACAUACGCGAAUGAUGUACACGGCCUUGCAUGCAUCUGGAGAGUCAAAACGCUGCAUCAUUCAAGACCUUGCUCUUCCUUAUUCCACUGCUGAGAAGUUUGUCGACUACACAUCCUCCGAGCUGGACAUCUUUCCUCUCUGGUUAUGCCCACUGAAGAGAACGCAACAGCCAACAAUGCACCCCUACACUCGGGAAGACAAGGAGUUGAUGCUCAAUAUCGGCGUCUGGGGCUUUGGACCCAACAACCGUGCCGAAUUUGUAAAGGCAAACAGAAAUCUUGAAGCCAAGUUGCGCGAGUUGGGUGGUAUGAAGUGGCUCUAUGCCCAGACUUAUUAUACCGAGUCUGAGUUCUGGGAGCAGUUUGACCGCAAAUGGUAUGAUGAGCUCAGAGAAAAGUACGGCGCAGCAAACUUGCCAAGUGUUUACGACAAGGUCAAGGCAUCGCCAGAGAAGGCAGAUGCACCCGAGAAGUUCCUUGAGAAAUGGCCUUGGGCUGGUUUCUACGGUAUCUGGAAGGCUAUCCAAUCCAAGACCUAUAUCCAGGCUAGAAAUGCGGCUUGGAGACAGUGGGUCAAGUGA